AUGAUAGACACCAGAAUCCCCUCAAGCACUACUCAUGACCCCAUGAAACCAACAUCGCGAACCCACAAUAGUCUUCAACAAUCAGAAACAUCAAAACGACCCCACGAUGCCCUUUCCCGUGUUCAGACCCCGGGCCAAGGCACUCCACGCAAGCAACUGUGCUUUUCAAAACACGAGGCAACCCAGCCAGCCAGGCACACGGCAAGCAGGGACAGCAGCACUACUCAUGACCCCAUGAAACCAACAUCGCGACCCCACAAUCGUCUUCAACAAUCAGAAACAUCAAAACGACCCCACGAUGCCCUUUCCCGUGUUCAGACCCCGGGCCAAGGCACUCCACGCAAGCAACUGUGCUUUCAAAACACGAGGCAACCCAGUCAGCCAGGCACACGGCAAGCAGGGACAGCAGGCAAAGCGAGAGAAAACAGUGGAGAUUUCACACGUUCAAGAAAAACAUCAAAACGACCCCACGAUGCCCUUUCCCGUGUUCAGACCCCGGGCCAAGGCACUCCACGCAAGCAACUGUGCUUUCAAAACACGAGGCAACCCGGUCAGCCAGGCACACGGCAAGCAGGGACAGCAGGCAAAGCGAGAGAAAACAGUGGAGAUUUCACACGUUCAAGAAUUACUCUCGCUUGA